GCCGGGUAACUUUUCUAGAUCCCUCCCCGUCAAUGUCGCCGGCACGCGGCUUUGUCGCGCGCAAAUUAACCGCAGCUCGCGGGAUCGAUCUCGUCUCAGUCUCAGCCCGAUCGCGACCCGGAACGCACGCUCCAAUAGUGGACAUCUCUCGAUCUCUAUCUCCCGAUCAUCGAUUCCCAUCUCUUCAGACGUUAUCCCGCGCGGUAACUUUGCUAUGUUGACGGUGAGCAAAUAGAAUCGCCGCAAAUAUUGGUUGUUUUCCGGAAAGUGCAAUUGCAGAUAUCGACAAAGUGAGCCAUGAAACUAAGAGGGCUGUGGGGUUCAGUGAUUCUCCUGGGGAUCGUCUUUGGGUUGGCAAAGGCUGCCGAUCGAAGUGAGCUGUUCAAAGGCGACUAUGAUCAGGGAAGUGGCGGACAGUUGCACGUGGACGGGAAGAAGAUUCUGUCAGCAGUGAUAAAACAGGGACAGGAUAAAAUUUCGUUGAGAUCUGAGUUGAAACGGGUGUCAAGUGUUCCGGAGGGUCGUGAUGGUGUAUUCGGAGGGAUGGAUCGGAAAUUUUUGGAUGUGCUGAGGCAAGUGAUCGGUGGUUUGAAAGGAGUUGAAUGCAAGCGGGAUUUGAACUCGACGUUGGAAGCGAUCGAGCGGAGAGAAGCUUGGGCUGUGGCAAUGCUGGACGCAUCGGCCAAGUCCACGGCAGGGAUCGAGUAUGGUCAGAUGUACCACUUAGGACACUAUGAUCAGUGUAUGACCAUCAACCGCGAUCGAGACUCCGGCCUUCGGAAAGGAAUCAUCUCGCAGUAUUGUUUGGCCGAUGUUUACCUGGAAAGUUACCUGACGCGGACGCAGGUCUCCCGAAUUGAGCGAUUCAACGAAACCGCUUUGGUCCACUGGGGAGUUUGCAUGCCGGCCAGCUGCUCGGAACGGGAUGUAGUUCAAGUAGUGGAAGCGAUCAGUGGAUCAAUAGCUGUUUCCAUACCGAAAGACGCCUGCCAUAGGGAAGUGAUCGCGGAGCCAUCUACCCUGGAUAUCGUCUACGUGUCGAUCAUCAUGUUCUUCGUGCUGAUGGUGGUAUUGAGCACCCUGUAUCACAUCCAAUCGAUCUGCACCCGGAGAAAUGAGAAGAAAACCACGAUGGUCUAUGUCCUGCGAUCGUUUUCGAUCAUAGAAAACAUCAAGAAGCUCGCACAGGACAGCAAAGACGAUCACGGAUUGGGAUGCAUCAAUGGAAUCAAGGCGGUGGCCAUGUUCACCAUACUGAGUGGCCACGCGUUGCUCUUCCUGUUCGGUGGCGCCGGAUAUAAUCCGGGAUUUUAUUACGAGCAAUCGAAAUACCUGCGGAACGCCUUCCUGCUCAACUCGCCCCUCCUGGUCGACACCUUCCUGCUGUUGAGUGGGUUCCUGUUUGCCCGCCUGCUGCUCAUCGAGCUGGACAAACGCCACGGCAAGAUCAACUUCGGCCUGUUGUACAUCUUCCGCUACAUUCGGCUAACUCCGGCGUACGGUGCCAUGAUCGCCCUGUACGCCACGUGGCUUCCCCGCCUGGGCAGUGGGCCCCUGUGGGAUCAGCGGAUGUUGUUGGAGCAGCAAAGGUGCAGGGAGAGCUGGUGGCGUAAUGCUCUGUACAUCAACAACUACCUCGGGACGGAUAGUAUCUGUAUGUUCCAGUCGUGGUAUCUGGCGUCGGAUUCGCAACUGUUCGUGCUGGCACCACUGCUGCUGUAUCCACUGUGGCGAUAUGGACGGCGAGUUGGAGCAACGCUGCUCGGAACGGUAGCGACCGUGUCCGUGGUGGUUCCCUUCCUGGUGACGUACUACGGAGAGUUGGAUCCCUCGCUGAUGAUCUUCGGGGAUGAAGUAGCUGACCUACAAUCCAACUCGUACUUCGCCAACGUCUACGUGAAGACCCACAUGCGAGCAACGGCCUACAUUUUCGGACUGGCCGUCGGAUAUCUGGUGCACAUUAUGCAGCAAAAGAACAUCACGAUUGGUAAGCAGAAGCUGUUCUUCUUCUGGACGGCGUCUACCCUGAUAGGAACGGUAUCGAUGUUGAGCAUAACCACGUUCUACAAUUCGGCCGGAACGAGCGACUACCUGUACAACGCUCUGUACGCGGCACUGCAUCGGCUCGGCUGGAGUCUCUCCAAUGGAUGGCUAGUGCUGGCCUGCGUGACCGGGAACGCAGGACCGCUGAAGAAGUUCCUCUCAUCGCGGCUUCUGGUUCCCAUCAGUCGGUUGACGUACUGUGCAUAUCUGACGAAUGGCCUCGUGGAGUUGUACUUCAGCGCGUCGCAGCGAGUUCCGCUGUACGGCGGUGUCAUCAACAUGACGGCCGUCACUCUAUCCCACGUAAUUCUCACCUUCCUGACGGCACUAGGCCUGUGCUUAGUGUUCGAAUCGCCCAUCCACGGGAUCGAGAAGAUAUUCUUGCGGAGGGCUCGACCUGUUAGUGGAAGGGCCACUAAUCAGCGCACGGCUGAGGAUGCGAAGGGCGCGGUUACCAACAAUAGCACGGGGACGGCCUGUACUCAGAGCACAUCGGACGACUCGAGUGCGUGAUACGCGAUACAACGGAUGGAGAGGGAGAGAUGCCCCAAGUGAACUACUGGCUUCUAAGAUAGCUAACGCAAGUGAUGUUUGUACAGUUAUGAAAUUAAGAUUAAUUAGGAUUCAUACUGGUGAUAUGCUAAAUAUAUGAAUUUACAUUUUACAA